UUUGGGCGGAGAUCACACAGCGAAUUUAACACUGAAACUGAGAGUUGGGUUUAAGCCGUUGAGCUUCCUUCCACCUACUCUCCUCUGCCUUACAUUUCCGCCGGAAAAUUCUUCCCGCCGGUACCCAUUACACCGGAAAAUGUUAUUUGUUCGAUCUUUCUUCCGGUCCCAGCCGAGGCCCUCCGACAUUUGCCGCCAUUCUCCUGCUUUUUCUCGCCUGUUUUCCUCUAAUUCAGCUUCUUCCGCAGCCUCAAUUGAAGCCGAGAGGGUACUCAGCGAUGGCCCCAGGAACAAUUGGACGCGGCAACAGAUUCGGGAUGUUUACGAUUCUCCCGUUCUUGAUCUACUCUUCCAUGGGGCGCAAGUUCAUAGGCACACACAUAAUUUCAGGGAGGUGCAGCAGUGUACCCUUCUUUCAAUCAAAACAGGUGGGUGUAGUGAGGAUUGCUCAUAUUGUCCUCAAUCCUCGAGAUAUGACACUGGAGUAAAAGCUCAAAAACUUAUGACAAAGGAUGUCGUCUUGGAGGCAGCCAAAAAGGCCAAAGAGGCUGGUAGCACAAGAUUUUGUAUGGGUGCAGCUUGGAGGGACACGAUAGGAAGAAAAACUAAUUUCAAUCAGAUACUUGAUUACGUAAAAGAAAUAAGAGAGAUGGGGAUGGAGGUCUGCUGCACCUUGGGCAUGAUAGAGAAGCAACAGGCCGAAGAACUCAAGAAGGCGGGCCUCACCGCUUAUAACCACAACCUAGACACGUCAAGGGAAUACUACCCAAAUAUUAUCACCACAAGGAGUUAUGAUGAGCGUCUAAAAACCCUUGAAUUUGUUCGUGAUGCUGGAAUCAAUGUCUGUUCAGGAGGAAUAAUUGGGCUUGGAGAGGCAGAAGAGGACCGAGUUGGUUUGCUGCAUACUUUGGCGACGCUACCGUCACACCCUGAGAGUGUUCCCAUCAACGCGCUUGUUGCAGUGAAAGGAACCCCUCUUCAAGAUCAAAAACCUGUUGAAAUAUGGGAGAUGAUUCGAAUGAUCGCCACAGCACGAAUCACAAUGCCGAAAGCAAUGGUGAGGUUGUCAGCAGGUAGAGUGAAGUUCUCCGUGCCUGAGCAGGCAUUAUGCUUCCUUGCCGGAGCGAAUUCAAUCUUCACCGGGGAGAAACUGCUAACGACGCCAAAUAAUGAUUUCGAUGCUGAUCAACUCAUGUUCAAGAUGCUGGGUCUGAUCCCAAAAGCUCCCAGUUUCAGUGAUGGUGUUGAGAAAGCCCCUGAAGAAGAGUCUUUACAAGAAGCUGCUUCCAAUUCAUGAGCCACUGCCUCCAUUGAAAUGAAGACUCUCUCUCUCUGUUUAUUGUAGCAAAAUUUGGUCAACCUUUGUUAACCCAAUAGAUUUGCAGUUUAUUAGUCAUAAUAUGUGAGCUAAUGGAAACUUAUUAGAGAAAAUAAGGUUUAAAUAUUAUUUUGGUCCACGUAA